GGGGGCGUGGCCCUAGCUCGGGUCGGGUGGCCUUCGCUCCGCCUUCGAAAACACCCUUCCUUCCGGGGCGGGCUAAAGGAAGGCGCUUCCGGGCCGUUGCCGCGACGACGGAGUUCCCGCCAUGCCUCGCGGCGGCGGGCUAAUGGCGGCGGGGGCGCGGCUGCAGUUACUGCUCGCGCUCUGGACGCUGGCGGGCCCGGCCCGGCCGGUGGCCGCGGACGCGAGCGACGGAGGGUGGCAGCGACGCGGGCCUGGGGCGGCGGCGGCGGUGGCGGAGGAGGAGCGCUGUGCCGUGGAGCGUCGGGCCGACCUUAGCUACUCCGAGUUCGUGCAGCACUACGCCUUCUCCAGACCCGUCAUCCUCCAGAGGCUCACAGACAACUCGAGGUUCCGGGCCCUGUGCUCCCGAGAAAAGCUGCUGGCCUCCUUUGGGGACAGCGUGGUACGGCUGAGCACUGCCAACACCUACUCCUACCGGAAAGUGGACCUGCCCUUCCAGGAGUAUGUGGAGCACCUGUUACACCCCCAGGAUCCUACCUCCUUGGGCAACGACACUUUGUAUUUCUUUGGGGACAAUAAUUUCAGCGAAUGGGCAUCACUUUUCCAGCACUAUUCCCCACCCCCAUUCAGCCUGUUGGGUACCACAGCUGCUUACAGCUUUGGAGUUGCAGCGACUGCCGGUAACUCCACAGGAGCUGGUUCUGGGGUGCCUUUCCACUGGCACGGGCCCGGCUUCUCAGAGGUGGUCUACGGCCGCAAGCGCUGGUUCCUGUACCCCCCCGAGAAGACACCGGAGUUCCACCCCAACAAGACCACACUGGCCUGGCUUCAGGACGUGUACCCAGCUCUGGCACCAUCUGAGAGACCCCUGGAGUGCACCGUCCAGGCUGGCGAGGUGCUGUAUUUCCCUGACCGAUGGUGGCACGCCACACUAAACCUGGACACCAGUGUUUUCAUCUCCACCUUCCUCAGCUAGCCAGAGUGGGCGGCUGGUGAGCCCAGCACACACCAGCACACGCCCCCGUAGUCGGGGAUGUCUCGCUUCUACAGCACAGACAGUCCGGUCAGGCACCAGGAAGGGGACGCCGCUCCGAUGCCUGCUCCCCAGCGCCAGAGGGCCUACCCGGGCUUACCUUUCUUUUCUCAUCCACCUGGGAGAAAAGC